CAGAAAGUAAAGUUGUUAUUUUGUACAGGAUCCAUUUUGAGACGACAGAGUAGAAAACACUAUUUGUCGAGAACUAAAAAAAUAAAGGGUCAGCGCUCAAAUUAGUCUCUCUGGGGAGAGAGAGGAGGGGGGUCCUGCCUCUAAAAUGAGUCUCUCUGUGGAGAGAGAGGUGGGGUGCCCUGCCACUAAAAGUGGUCUCUCUGAGGGACGUGACACCAAAGCUAAGAGCCCAAUCAAGCGGAAGAGACCAGCCUCCCCUGUACCCAGCUGUGUGUCCAUGAAGAGUGACAAGUCUAUGAGUCAACCUAUAAACUUUAGAAAGGGAGACUUUUCUACUGAACAAAGCCCAAUCAAGCAGGAGAGACCAGCCUCCCCUGUACCCAGCUGUCUGUCCAUGAAGAGUGACCAGUCUAUGGAACCUCCUAUAAUGUUUAGAGAGGGAGACUUCUCUACUGAACAAAGAAACCAACAGGAGAGAUCAGAGUCAGAGAUUCUCAGUGGUCAGUCUUCCCAGAGUCAUCAAACAGACCUGGCCUGCAUAUUCAGAUUGCUUGAAGAGAAUAUUAUGUCAUUUAUGAAGAGCGAGCUGAAGAUCUUCAAGAGGAUUCUUAGUCCAGAUCUCCCAGAAGGCUUUGCUAGUCAGAAGCAGGAUAAGGAAGUGGUGGAUGCUGAAGAUGAGAAGCAUGAGAGCAGUGCCAGAGAGGGGGCUCUGAAGAUCACACUGCACGUCCUGAGGAAAAUGAACCAGAAGGAGCUUGCUAACACACUGGAGAAAUAUGAGCUUGCUGUGAUUUGCCAACGUGAACUCAAAUCUAAUCUAAAGAAGAAGUUUCAAUGUGUGUUUGAGGGGAUCGCUAAACAAGGAAACCCAACACUUCUCAAUAAGAUCUACACAGAGCUCUACAUCACAGAGGGUGGAACAGGAGAGGUCAAUAAUGAACAUGAGCUGAGACAGAUUGAGACAACAACCAGGAAACAAGCAAGACCAGAGACUGCAAUCAAAGGUAACGACAUCUUCAAACCCUUAACUGGACAAAACAAACUUAUCAGAACUGUGUUGACAAAGGGAGUCGCUGGCAUUGGAAAAACAGUCUCUGUGCAGAAGUUCAUUCUGGACUGGGCUGAAGGAAAAGCAAAUCAGGAUGUCCAAUUUGUAUUUUCAUUCCCUUUUCGGGAGCUGAAUUUGAUGAAAGAGGACAAACACACUUUGAUUGGACUUCUUAAUUACUUCUCAAUGAAAACCAAAGAAUCAAGAAUCUCCAACUACAAGAAGUACAAAGUUCUGUUCAUCUUUGAUGGUCUGGAUGAGUGCCGACUGCCCCUAGACUUCCAGAAGAACAAGAUCUGUUGGGACGUCACAGAGUCAACCUCAGUGGAUGUUCUGCUGACAAAUCUCAUCAAGGGAAAUCUGCUUCCCUCUGCUCUUAUCUGGAUAACUACCCGACCUGCAGCAGCCAAUAAGAUCCCUUCAGGGUGUGUUGACCAGGUGACAGAGGUACGAGGAUUCAAUGACCCACAGAAGGAGGAGUACUUCAGGAAGAGAUUCAGUGAUGAGGACCUGGCCAGCAGAAUCAUCUCACACAUAAAGACAUCAAGGAGCCUCCACAUCAUGUGCCACAUUCCUGUCUUCUGUUGGAUUUCUGCAACAGUCCUUGAACACAUGCUGAAACAUAAGAGAGAAGAGAUGCCCAAGACUCUGACUGAGAUGUACACACACCUUGUGGUGUUUCAUACUAAACAGAAUAAUGAAAAGUAUCUUGGGAAAGAAAAGACAGGUCCACACUGGAAUAAAGAGAGCAUUCUGUCACUGGGAAAAUUGGCUUUUCAACAGCUUGUGAAGGGCAAUCUUAUUUUCUAUGAAGAAGACCUGAAAGAGGUUGGCAUUGAUGUCAAUGAAGCCUCAGUGUACUCAGGAUUGUGCACACAGCUCUUUAAAGAGGAAUGUGGGCUGUACCAGAACAAGGUGUACUGCUUUGUUCAUCUGAGCAUUCAGGAGUUUCUGGCUGCUGUAUAUGUGCUCCUCUCAUUCAUCAACAACAAUGAGAAUCUAAUGGACAAACUGCAAACAAAAGACAAGCCUGAAGUUAUUUUCUACAAGAGUGCUGUGGACAAAGCCUUACAAAGUGAGACGGGAAACCUGGACCUUUUCCUCCGAUUCCUUCUGGGCCUAUCACUGGAGUCCAAUCAGAAGCACUUACGAGGUCUACUGACGAAUACAAGAAGCAGCUCACAGAGCCAUGAAGAAACAGUCAAGUACAUAAAGAAGAAAAUCAGGAAGAAUCCUUCUCCAGAGAGGUGCAUCAAUCUGUUCCACUGUCUGAAUGAACUGAAUGACCAUUCUCUAUUGGAGGAGAUCCAAAACUACCUGAGCUCAGGAAGUCUCUCUAGAGCCAACCUGUCACCUGCACAGUGGUCAGCUCUGGUCUUUGUGUUGAUGACUUCAGAAAAGGAGCUGGAUGUGUUUGACCUGAAGAAAUACUCCAGAUCAGAGGAAGGUCUU